AUGUCCUCCCCUACUGAGGGGGAAGCUGUCAACGGAACCGUGUCGCCCGCAGAGUACAAGGCAUCGCCGCCCUUUGCAGACAGCAAUAGAAGCGAAAGCGAACACCUCGAUUCCCAGAACACACCGGCCGAGCGCUCCUCCGCGUCACCAGUCGAAAACCACAAUGGAGAUGCUCCAAACCACUUUCAAGAAGACCGUCGCAUGUCGGACAGUGAAGAGUCCAGCGCAGGCAACGCGUCUGAUGAUGGUGACUUCGACAUGCAGGAUGGUGUCCUAUCUGACCACGAUGACGACGCCGACCGGAACCGUGCCAGCUCUGCCGACUCUUCUCGGCCAUCGAAACGCAAGAACCCAUUAGAGGUGGACGAUUAUAUCCAAGCCAAUCCCGAACUUUAUGGUCUCCGGCGAAGCACUCGAGCGAGAGAAACCCGCAAGCUCGCUGAGUCGAGUGAGUCCGAGUCCGACGUAGCACCGUCGAACCGGCGCCAGGCAAAGCGCCGUCGCGUGAACCAAUCGCUCUCUUCGUCCAAACGCGGCACGCCUGCUCUACAGCCCUCCACGAACGAAUCAGACUCCGACUCAGACGUCUAUGGCGGUGCACGAGCGAAGAGCCAGCAGAAGAAAGCAAGAUUGCAACGCGAGUCACAGCCAACCCUGGCACUAGCGGAAAAGAGAUGGUCGAACCGUCGUGCCGCACAACAGGUGCAACAGGGUGCAUACGAAGAAAGCGACUUCGAGGACGAAGAAGAGCUCGAGGUUGGCGACGAAUACUACGUGGCUGAUUACGUCGACUCCUCACCAUACGUCGAGAAAGUCGUUCGCCACCGACUCCGAGACGGCCUGGAGUUGCAGUAUGAUGCGAGCCGACAUGAUUUCGAGUACUUCAUCAAGUGGCAGGGCAAGUCGCACUUGCACGACACUUGGGAAACGAUUGAAGAGCUUCGCAACGUCCGCGGAUUCCGGAAGGUGGAGAAUUACUUCCGCAAGCUCGUUGAACUGGAGCUGGACAUGCGUUUCGGCGAUGACAUUCCCCCAGAGAGCAAGGAACAAUUCUUCCUCGACCGCGAACGAGAUGAAGAGGCGUUCGAGGACUACACUAAGGUCGAAAGAAUAGUCGCCGUCCGAGACGGCGACGAAGACACUGAGUACUACGUGAAGUGGAAAGGCCUUACUUAUGAGGAGUGUACCUGGGAGCUUGCGUCGGAGAUCAGCGCCGAGUUCCAGGACAAGAUUGACCAGUUCUUGGAUCGCUCUUCCCGGUCCUGGCAGUCUGAUCGACGAGAAACCAACAUCGACACCCGAUCGCGGAUGACGAAGCUGGAGAGGCAACCCGAUUACAUCAAGGGCGGAGAACUUCGGCAAUUCCAGCUGAAGGGUCUCAACUUCUUGUGCCUCAAUUGGACUCGCGCAAACAACGUUAUCCUCGCCGACGAAAUGGGUCUUGGGAAAACGGUCCAAACAGUCUCCUUUCUAAGCUGGCUGCGGAACGCCCGGGGGCAGGAAGGCCCGUCACUGGUCGUCGCGCCGCUGAGCGUCAUCCCCGCUUGGUGUGAUACAUUCAACACUUGGGCUCCCGACUUGAACUACGUUGUCUACCUCGGCCCCGAAGAUGCACGAAACAUCAUCAGAGACAAUGAGCUUAUCGUUGGGGGUAACCCAAAGAAGCCCAAGUUCAAUGUCUUGGUGACUUCGUACGAGUUCAUCUUGCAAGACUGGCAAUUUCUACAGUCCAUCAAGUGGCAGACACUCGCUGUUGACGAGGCUCAUCGCCUCAAGAACCGCGACUCCCAGCUGUACAGCCGGCUCUUCAACUUCGGUGUUCCUUGCAAAAUUUUGAUCACUGGCACACCCAUUCAGAAUAACCUGUCCGAGCUCUCGGCACUCCUCGACUUUCUGAAUCCCGGAAAAGUUGUGAUCGAUGAGGAUUUGGAGUCUUUAUCUGCUAAUGAUGCGCAAGAGAAGCUGCAAGAUCUCCAUGCCUCCAUCGCUCCGUACAUUCUCCGCAGAACCAAGGAGACGGUGGAGUCGGAUCUACCCCCCAAGACGGAGAAAAUCAUUCGCGUGGAGUUGUCCGACGUCCAGCUGGACUACUACAAGAACAUCCUCACUAGGAACUACUCUGCGCUUUGCGAUGCCACCGGUGGGCACAAGAACUCACUUCUCAACGUCAUGAUGGAGUUGAAGAAGAUCAGCAACCACCCCUACAUGUUCCCUGGUGCAGAGGAGCGUGUACUGGCUGGCAGCGUCCGCCGUGAGGAUCAAAUCAAGGGCUUGAUUGCCAGCAGCGGCAAGAUGAUGCUGCUCGACCAACUUCUUUCGAAACUCAAGAAAGAUGGCCACAGAGUGCUCAUUUUCAGCCAGAUGGUCAAGAUGCUGGACAUUCUUGGAGACUACUUGUCCUUGAGGGGCUAUAAAUUCCAGCGCCUAGACGGGACAAUCGCUGCCGGGCCUCGCCGUAUGGCCAUCAACCACUUCAACGCCGAAGACAGCGAGGAUUUCUGUUUCUUGCUGUCGACCAGGGCUGGCGGCCUCGGCAUCAAUUUGAUGACCGCUGACACGGUCGUCAUCUUUGACUCCGACUGGAACCCUCAGGCAGACUUGCAGGCUAUGGCUCGAGCUCACCGAAUCGGCCAGAAGAGGCCCGUCAACAUCUACCGGCUUGUCUCCAAGGAGACGGUUGAAGAAGAAGUCCUUGAACGAGCACGAAAUAAGCUUCUCCUUGAGUAUCUGACCAUACAGGCCGGAGUGACGGAUGACGGCAAGGCCAAUAUCAGGGAGAAAAUGCACGAAAAGGGCUUGAAGACGGACGGUCCAUCGUCAUCUGAGGACAUUCAGAUGGUGCUGAAGAUGCGCUCUUCCAAGAUGUUUGAGCAGAGCGGCAACCAGGAAAGGCUUGAGCAACUCGACAUCGACUCAAUUCUUGAGAAUGCUGAAGUCACCAAGACGAAGGUGGACGAUAAGAUCAAUCUCAGCAGCGGCGGCAUCGAUUGGGAUAACUUCAUGCAAGUCACCGAUGUCAAGGUUGACGACAUCAAUCUCGACUGGGACCAGAUCAUUCCAGCCGAGAAGCUGGCUGAAAUCAGGGCCAACGAGGAGAAGCGGAAGAACGAAGAGUACGUGGCCAAGCUGGCCGCCGAGAACGCACCUCGCAGAGCCACAAUGAAGAGCCGCAAUAAGGAAAAUGACAGAGCAGACCGCCUUAAGAAACGGCAGCGAGAACAGCAGCAAGAGGAAGAAGAACAGCGAGCUCUAAUGGCGGAUCCUAAGCGCCCGCUGAACGACAAGGAGCAGCGAAACCUCAUCAAGGCCUACUUCCGUUUCGGUUCCAUAGAUGAUCGCGGUGACGACAUCAUCCAGGAAGCCAAGCUUGGCGAGCGAGACCCCGAGUUCGUGAAAUCCGUCUUGGAGGACUUCAUCAAGACAGCCAAGGAAGCCAUGGAAGACAACAACGUCAAAUUGGCCGAGGAAGAGAAGAAAACGGGCAAGACCUUGACCAAGAAGGACAGAAAGGCUGUGUUGAUCGACUUUGGCAUGCUGAAGAAAGUCAAUGCCGAAACUGCUAUCGAGCGACCGCAGCAGUUGCACAUUCUGAGACAGGCCAUCCGAAGCCAGCAAGACUGGAGGUCCUUCCGCCUGCCGGAUGCCACGAAGGGCGCCAACUACAGCUGCCCUUGGGGGGCCAAGGAAGACGCCAUGCUCCUCGUGGGCAUAGACAAGCAUGGUUUCGGUGCCUGGGUCCAGAUUCGUGAUGACCCAGAGCUGGAAAUGUCUGAGAAGUUGUUUCUCGAAGAGCAUAGAGUCGGAAAGAAGGAGGAGCGCACGAAGGCGAACGACAAGCUCAAAGCACCAGGCGCAGUACAUCUGGUCCGACGGUCCGAGUACCUCCUCUCUGUUCUGCAGUCGAAGCAUUCCGGUGACCGCGUGACUCACAAGUCCGCGGAGAACCAGCACCGCAACAGCAAGAAACAUCAACUGGCGAAUGGACAUCGUGGGAGCGGCACAGCGUCACCCGCCCCCCACGCGGCCAAGAAGGCUCGCGAGCGCAGCGUGAAGAUGAAGAACGUCAUCGCGAGAGACAUCGACACCGAGAUGAUCAUCGCCGGGACGAUCGACGACGAGAUGAUUAUCGCCGAGACGAACACCGCCGAGACGACCAUCGCCGGGACGACCAUCGCCGGGAUGACCAUCGCCGCGACGACCACCGCCGGGAUGACCAUCGCCGAGACGACCAUCGCCGGGACGACCAUCGCCGGGAUGAUCAUCGACGCGAAGACCGCCAACAGGGUCACCGAUGAACGCAGAGCAAGCGCUCUUCGGCGUCUCGACGACUUGCGCCGCAUCGGCGACGACAAGGAUCAGCGUGACAAGGACAACGACGCCAUGAUUUGGUUUCUACUGAAACCAGUACGUGCAAACUUCGAAAAGAUUCUUUCAACAACCAAGGAGAAUGUGAAGUCCAGCAAAGAACGAGCAAGCAUUUUCGGCUCGGAGUUGGUCGCCAUUGGCGGCUUUCUUGACGAGCAGUUUUCGCACUCCGCCGCGAACGAGGCCCUGAAGAACAAUUUCUGGGACUUUUUGGCGGCUCUUUGGCCCGUGGAUGACACCAGCAACAGUGUCACGGGUAAGCGAUUGAGCAAUAUGUAUCGCACAUUGCACGCUCGGAACGCGGCAUCGGGAUCCAGCACCGCCCGGACCAACGGCGCUGGUUCUAGUCGCUGA